AUGAAGGGUGCCACCCCUGAGAACUUGAUUACUCCGGGUGCCUCGUGGCUGGCCCUUGAGGUUGCAGGUUACUUGUAUAAUUGUGGUCACGGAAAUCCAACCCACUGCCUCUGCAGUCGGGAAUUGAGACCGCCUUGUACACUACAAGAUACUGAUGAUGAUGAAGAUAAAGAUGAAGAUGGUGAUGAUGCUACUGAUAUUGAUUUUUCAAAGCUUGAUGUCAGUUUUUACAAUAGUGCUCAUGUGAAGUUUAAUUUAGAAAACCUAAUUUUGAAUGUCUUCUCCAAAGAACUCAUUUGUUUGCUUUGCCUAAACUAUUUGAUGGACCCAGUCACUCUAGGUUGUAAGCACACAUUUUGCAGGCCUUGUCUCUACCUCUCCAGGGAGAAGGCCCAACAUCCUUUUCUCUGUCCUGAAUGCAAAAAGUCAUAUCAAACAGACUUGAAAACUGACAUAGUUUUGAGCACAAAGGUAUUUAUGGCCCGAAGGACCUUAGCCUUCAUGUUAUCUAACUCUGAAGAAGAGAUGUGUAAUGAGCAUAGGCAAACUAAGAAUUUCUACUGUGAGGUUAUCAAAGACCAGAUCUGCUCCAAGUGCUGUAGGACUGAGGACCAUAGGGCUCACGGUGACUGUUCUGUUGAUUGGACUGCAGAGAGAUACAGGAAGAAGCUUCUGAUGCAAAUGAAUUUUCUAUGGAAAAAGAAAGAAGAAAACCAGAGAAAUCUGGAUGAACAAAAAAACAUAAAUCAAACAUGGCUAGAUUAUGUGAACAUGAGAAGCCAAUUGAUCAGCGAUGAAUACUGGAGGCUGAGUGAUCGGUGGUACAAGAAAAAGGAAAGUUAUUUACAGAGACUUGAGUGUGAAAAGCUAGAUACUUUUCAAAAACUCUCAGAUAAUGAAGGCAGCAUGUUAUUGACAGAGACUUCCCUGGGAGAAAUGUUUGAUGCACUGAAGGAACUGUGCCGUAAACCAGACCUGGAGCUCCUAGAGAAUUUCGAAAACAUGUUUAAAAGAAGUGAGUCUAUGCUGAUGCUGCACAUACCUCUGCUUAUGCAUCCCCGAAUUGAUGCCUGGCCCAUCACUGGAUUUAUUCGUAUGCUCAAACAAUUCCAAGUAACUGUUUCCUGGGAAUCUAAAAUACCCACUUACCCUGUGCCAUUGCUUGAAGAACUAAGAAGUCGGAUCUUUGGCCCCAGUCUUCUUGAGGUCAACCAAACUCAGUCAGAACCUGAGGGUUUUCUCACAUGGGGAGAUCAGUCCUGUGCUUCUGGCCGGUAUUACUGGGAAGUAGAUGUGAAGGACCAUGAGAACUGGGCAGUUGGAUUUUGUGAUGAUUCUUGGACAAUGAGAAAGGACAUGCGAAUUGACUCUGAGGGGAUUUGUCUACUUUUCUGUGUGAAACAGGACAAGAGGAUCCGAAUGUUUACCUCUUCACCACUUUUACCUCAGUACAUAAAGAAGCCCCCAGGCCAUGUGGGAGUGUUCCUGGAUUAUGAGAUUGGCAGGAUAAACUUUGUUGAUGUGGCCAAUAAUUCCCCCAUUUUUAGUUUCCUCUCCUGUCCCUUCUCCACCCCUCUCAGGCCUUUCUUUGCUUUGGCCCCAGUUCUUAAGGUCAGUUCUCACCUGACUGUGAAGGAAGGGAAUGCCAGUGCCUAA